AUGGGACGACGUCAGACACGUACUAACAACAGAGCGGGGCAUGGCGGGAACAAAGGCAAGGUCACCGGUGCUCGUAACCCGAAUGGAAAACGAGGAGAUAACCGUAUUAGUAUAAAGGAGGAGGGCAGGAUGAGGCGUUGGGAGAAGGCUGAGGAUAUACCAAUGGAUGAGGAGGACGAGUUCUUUGCUGCUCGCGACAAAAUCUUGCUCGACGACACCGCACGAGCAAGAGCACGUGCUGGCCCGGCUCCAGACGACGGAGACGAGUUUGAUGAAGAUGACGAAGUAUUUGGUCUCGAUGGAGUUGGCGAAUCAUCUUCAGAAGAGGGUUAUAGUGAUGACGAAGUAGAAGAAGAACAGGAGAGCGCCUCGGGGUCUCAGUCGAAAACUAAGGCUAAACCCAAGAGACAAAACACAGCACAGUCAGAAGAUUCAGACUCUUCAACAGACUCGGAGGCUGAGAUUUCGCGCUGGGGGAAAUCACGCUCCGUCUACUAUGCUGACAAUUCACGUUGA